CUGAGAUAAGCUGAAGGACCAUGACCACCUGCGGCCCAGGGUGAGUGAACCUUGCCCCGUGCCUGUCACAGCAGCUGCUGUCCUUGACCACAUCAUGGAGAGCCUGCUGCGACUCAGCCUGCUCUGUGUUGCCCUGGCCAGCCUCCUGCUACCUGGGAGAGGAGUGUUUAUUAACCGGGAACACGCCAACGAUGUCCUGACAAGGAUUCGGAGGGCAAACUCAUUUUUUUUUGAAGAGUUUAGGAGAGCAAAUAUGGAAAGAGAGUGUAUGGAAGAAAUAUGUUCUUAUGAAGAGGCCUCUGAAAUCUUCAAGAAUAAAGAAAAGACAGAAGAAUUCUGGAACAAAUACAAAGAUGGCGACCAGUGUGAAAGCAAUCCUUGCCAGAAUCAAGGCAAGUGUCGAGAUGGCCGUGGGGAGUACACGUGCUCCUGCUCAGAGGGCUACGAAGGCAAGAACUGUGAAUUCUUUGUUCGGAAACUCUGCAGCUUAGACAACGGAGAGUGUGAGCAGUUCUGCAAAGAGGAGCAGAGCUCAGUGGUGUGCUCCUGUGCCAGUGGCUACUUCCUGGGUAAUGAUGGCAAGUCCUGCAUCUCCUCAGUGCCCUUCCCCUGUGGAAAAGUCACUUUAGAACGCAGGAAGAGGUCUGUGGCCCAGAACACCAGCAGCAGCGAGUCUGUCUCUGAAGACCCUACAUGGGACUUGGAUAUCCUACACCCUACGGAGAAUCCUUAUGACCUGCUCAACCUCAAUGAGACACGCCCCAAGAAGGACAGUAGAAACUUUACUCGCAUUGUGGGCGGCCGGGAAUGUGACAUCGGAGAGUGUCCCUGGCAGGCCCUGCUCAUCAAUGAAGACAACGAGGGGUUCUGUGGGGGGACCAUCUUGAAUGAGUUCUACAUCCUCACGGCGGCCCACUGCCUCUACCAAGCCAAGCGAUUCAGGGUGAGGGUAGGGGACCGCAACACGGAGAAGGAGGAAGGCAAUGAGAUGGUGCAUGAGGUAGAUAUAGUAAUAAAGCACAACAAGUUUGUGCGGGACACCUAUGACUUCGACAUCGCGGUGCUCAAGCUGAAGAGCCCCAUCACGUUCCACAUAAACGUGGCCCCUGCCUGCCUGCCUGAGAAAGACUGGGCCGAGGCCACACUGAUGACUCAAAAGACAGGCAUCGUGAGCGGGUUCGGACGCACGCACGAGAAGGGCCGCCAGUCGAAAGUCCUGAAGAUGCUGGAGGUGCCCUACGUGGACCGCAACACCUGUAAGCUCUCUACCAGCUUCUCCAUCACACAGAAUAUGUUCUGUGCGGGCUACGAUGCCAAGCUAGAGGAUGCCUGCCAGGGGGACAGUGGUGGCCCCCAUGUCACCCGGUUCAGAAACACCUUCUUUGUGACCGGCAUUGUCAGCUGGGGAGAAGGGUGUGCGAGGAAAGGGAAAUAUGGGGUCUACACGAAGGUCACGGCCUUCCUCAAGUGGAUUGACAGGUCCAUGAAAGCCACAGCAAAAGCCACGGCAAAAGCCACGGCAAAAGCCACGGUGGUGCCCACAACUGGGACCCCAAGCUCAACAAGUCCUCCCCAUUAAAGCAAUCGCUCUCCAGA